CAGACAACCAGUCGUUCCAAAAACUUAACGUCUUUUCUAAACAAAUAAACAAUCGAAAUUACAAAUACGUCAGUCAAAUAGGUAGAAAUUUAUUUUGGAAAAUAAUUAAUUUUAUUAGCGAUGUCAGACGAGGAAACAGAGAAAAAUAUUGAACACUUGGUUGGAGAUUCUUGCACAAAGAAUAAUUCUGAUAAUGCCUGUAAUUUAAAAUUUGAUUAUAAGAUUCGUUUUCCCCAUUCCAUGGAGGCGCAAAUUAGACGCAUGAGACUUUCUUUGGAAGGUUGCAAAGAAUUGGUUUUAAAAAUAUAUAGUGUUUUAUUAUGGGAAAAACAUUGGCAUUCUACGGCAAUUAUAGGAGGCAGCACAAUUUUGUUUAUGUUAAUAUGGUUGUGUGAUCCAAAUGUUUUAACAAUUAUAUCACUUUUGGGGUUGUUAUUUACUGUGUGUGAUUAUGUCUUGCCAUCAAUUGUUUCUACACUUUACAAAAAUGAACAAUGGACGCCUAACAAACAAAAACAAUUGGAGGAUAUUUGCACGAAUAUUGUAUUAUACAAAACUAAAACAGAAUUGCUUUUAACUUCUUUCUAUAAAAUGAGGGUGAGCAAUUCUAAAGUGUAUUUUAGUGUAACAAUUAUAACUUUGUCACUUCUUGCGUGGAUUGGUGGAUCAUUUAACAAUCUUUUCCUAACAUAUAUGGCCACAACGUUUGUGCUGCUUAUCCCUGGAAUGAGUUCUAGUGGAAUGUUAAAUAAAUGGUCAGACUCUUUGCAAAAAGUCUUUACUGAUCUGGUCGAAAAUGCAAAGUCCAAAGUGGGACAGAAAAAGGUUGAAUGAUUUAUAGUUAUUUUAAAUAAAUAUUUGGAUUUAAUUUUAAUGUAUUUUAAAUAUUUUUGUUUGUAAGUGAAGUAUUCUUUAAAUUUGUUGGUUUGAUUUUAUCCCAAUUCAAGUUUUGCUCAAUUUGUUUUUAUUUUUGUUAAUACUUUGUUAAAAACCAUUGGUGUGAUGAUAUACAUAUAUCAGAUUUUGGACUGAAUCCUUGUAAGGUUAGUUUUUUACAAAAAUAAAGAAAUUUUUUAUAAAAUUCGUUUAUUAUUUCAACUUAUAAUCUACUUUUUAA